AUGCUGAAAUGUGUACUGGGAGCUGGUAGAGCUCAGAAACGAACGUUGAGCCGCCUUGCCAGGCUUAAUCAAAAACAAACGAAACAAUCGGACUCAAGAGAAGCAGAUGGGUUUAAGGAUGAGCAGAUAUCAUCAAUACAGGAAAAAACUCUGUUUGAGCAGAUCUUCGAGCAGAUCAUGAAGAAGGACGAGGAAAGAAAAAAGUCCAAGAAUAUUCUAAAACCUUUUUUGGCUCAAAACGUUUCGAGGUUUGACAAAGAGAAUACUAGAGAACGAGAAAGCGUCCAAAUUGUUUUCGAGAAAAAAAAGACUUUGGAGGGGGAUGCCGAGCUCUCCAAGUUUUUUAAAAAUGCUGUUGGGGAUAAUGUGGAUGAUACGGGUGGUUUGGCCAGAAUUAUCACGGACGACAUUCGCAAAUAUCCGGUUUCUUUGACGCCAGCCUAUUUCACAGAUGGCAAUUCUAAUACCAGUCCGCAGGAUGCUACAAAUUCAUUAGUGCCGUCAACAAUGGAUACUUAUUUUGAGAAGGAUCCUAUUCCUGGUGUGGUUGUAGCGCGUGAGCGUGGGAUUAACCCGAGAAUUUUAAAUCAAAUCGAGACUAAGCACCGGUUGAGUUCAAGACUCGAACAACUACUGGCACCUCACAUUCUUUAUCUCCAGAAUCGCAUACAAAAUGAUAGCGAGUGCAUAACUGUUCUUCAAGAAUAUCUAUCGCAAUAUUUGAGCAGAGACCUAACUCUAGAAACCAAAGGCUUUGAGCACAUUGAACAGGAAAGUUUGAAAGAUCCAAAGAGGUUACCACAGCCUUUUCAUAUAACAAUGCCUUUCAUCAUCAGGCACUUGUUAACAAGCACAGACUUUUGCUUCCCAGUGGAUAGAAGGUACACUCAGAUCUCUCUAAUUUACAAUUCAUGCAAACGUGCUGCAGAUGUAUCGCUCUACUUGAACAUGUGUAAUAUUGAAUUCUACAAUUUACUCAUAGAGUACGCGUGGGAGAACUAUCAAGACAUCCAUCAGCUCAAGCAAUUGGUCACCGAAAUGACCGCCAAUGGUAUACUGGGUGAUCUCCAUACCGUAGAUCUGCUUGAGAGCAUUGCUGAGAGCAUGCGUCAUAUGAAUGACGGCGUAGUUGAAGAUUCAGAAAUUCUUCAACAAGCGCAGACAGCGGGGGUCGUCUGGUGUCGGGAAAAUGCUCAUGAUUUAAACUAUAUCGAGGAUUACUUAAGGAAGCUCAAAGAGAGUCAAACUUGA